AUGAAUUUGGAAUACCCAUGGGAUGUGUAGAAAAUUAAAUUUAAGAAUAUUUAGGUUUUUCGAAGUCAUUAAAAAGAGGUAAUUUGAUAGUAUAAAAUCACUUAGAAAUAUAUACUAAUUGGCAAUCAUACGCUAUCAUAAUAAUUUUGCAUUCUACAUCUAAAUAUUCUUAAAGGACCAGAUCUUUAUUAAAAAGAACUUAAACAAUACAUAUAUGAAGAAGAACGUUAGUUUGAGACAUUAGAGGAUGCUAAACAAUACUUAAAUAAAUAUAAUUUAACUUAUCUCUAUACAGUAUCAGGAAUAAUAGGAUUUAUAAAAUUAGUAUAAGGAUAUUAUGUAAUGUUCAUUAAGAGACGUAAAUCAAUAGCUAAAUUGGGCAAACACAAAAUAUUUACAAUUGAAGAAAGAUCAAUAGUGGAAUUAUUUGAUGGACCAUAUUCAUAGAUUGAAUCAAAAUAUAAGAAAUUAUUAUAGGAUUAUGAUUUAGAAAUAGGUUUCUAUAGUAGUUAUACUUAUGAUGCUACGAGUUCCUUAUCAAAGAAUAUAAUUCCAUCUGAAGAUGUUCAAAACAAGAAUCAAAAAUAUCAUUAAAUAGGAUAAUACAGAAAUUUAUUUAUGUGGAAUCAUUACUUAUUAGCUGAAUUUGAUAAAAUAAUUAAAGAUAAAAGAUGGGUGAUUCCAAUUAUUCAUGGUUAUUGCGAAUAAAGUACAAUAAAAACAGUUGCUAAUUAUUUUAGUAUUACUUUAUUAGCUAGAAGAUCUACAAAACAUGCUGGUGCUCGUUAUUUAACUAGAGGUAUAAAUGAAUAAGGUUAUGUUGCAAAUUUUGUAGAAACAGAACAAAUUGUAAUUGAAUUAGAUAAAUCAACAUGUUAAAGACCUGCUUGUUCUUCAUUUAUAUAAAUUAGAGGUUCUGCUCCUGUUUAUUGGUAUUAAGAACCAAAAAUGUAUUUAUUUAAAUUACCAAUUAAAAUACAUUAGAGUGAUCCUUAUUUAUAUGCAACAAAGAAACAUUUUUGUGAUUUGAUUUCUUCAUAUGGUAGAUAAAUCUAUAUGGUAAAUUUGGUUAAAUAGAAUGAACAUAAUAAAAGAGAAUAAGUAUUAGCUGAAGAAUAUUUUUCAGCUAUCAAUACUGUUAAAGAUGAAAUGUAAAGUUAAACAGAAAUAGAAAUAGGAUAUUUAGGAUUUGAUAUGAAAGCAUAAUUAAAAUAGGAUAAAGAAGAAUUUGUUAAUAAAUGUUAUUCAUUAGCAUAUUAUUGUAUUAUGAAAACAGGAGUAUUUUUAUUUGUAAAAGAACCUAAAUGUAAUGAGAAUGUUAUUAUUGAAAUAUAAAAUGGUGUUGUAAGAUCUAAUUGUGUUGAUUGUUUGGAUAGAACAAAUACAUUUUAAUAAUUGAUUGGUGAAAUGGCACUUGGAAUAUAAUUAGCAAAAAUAAAUCAAAGUAGUUUGAAAUUUAAUUUGCUUUUAUUAAAUGAAUCUAUCUUAUAAGAAUUUAGGGAGAUGUAUGAAUAAUUAGGUGAUUUUGUUUCAUAAUAAUAUGGUAGUUCAUUAGCACAUAAAUAAAAUAUUGGUUAGAAAUCUAAAAGAAUAGAAUUAUUUACUUCAUUAAAAAGACAUUAUAAUAAUAAUAUAGAAGAUCCUUAAAAACAAAAUUAAAUUGAUUUAUUUUUAGGAAUUCAUCGUCCUUCUCUAGAUGGACCCUUUAUUGGAGAUAGAAUUACUAUUUUUUUGUUUCCAGAUACAAAAUAUUUAUAAUAAUUUACUCAACAUAAAUAAUGGUGGGUAAAUCCUUAUUUAGAAUUUCAAUAGAAAUCAUUAAUAGAUGAAAUAAGCAGAAGAUGUAAAGAGGCUUGUUAAUAGGCUAAAAAAGAUUAGAAAAUGAAAAUUGAGAGAAAAUAAACAAUAUUUAAUUUUGAUAUUAUUGAGAAAAUGAAACAUAAAGCUAAUUAAAAAUUAAAAGGAAAAAAUGUUUUCAUUUUAUCAUCACCUUAUACUAAAGUUAGAGAAAAGCCUCCUAAUUAUGUAUCCAAACCUUUUAAUUUAGAAGAAAAAUUGAAAAAACCUUAUUAUGAUGUUAUAUAAAUUUAUGAAGCUGAGGAAGAAGGUGAUUCUCCUUGUGAUUCUCACCAUUCUUCCCCUAAAUUAAAUUUAUAAAAUUUAAAAACUCGAUUCUCACUUCUAAAGGGAAAUGAAAUUCUUGAAAUUGAAAAAUAUACUAGAAUAAAAACAUUCGAUGAAUUAACUGAUGAAGCAAAUCAAAUUAGAAAAUAUUUAAAAUAUAAUCUAUCAUCAGAUGAUGAAGAAAAAUUAAGAAAAAAUUUAAAAAGAUAUCUAAAUGGAGAAUAACCUAAAGAAUAAGUUGCUCUAAUAGACAAAAAUCAAGAUAUUUAAAAAUAAUAUAGUGAAGUAUAAAAAUCAAUUGCAAAUUCAGAAACAGUCUAAGAUAUUUCAAUAUAAUAGACAAAAAAGAUACCUGUUGAAUAGAAAUCAGUCAAAUUUUUAGAAUCUUUAUUAAAAAAGAAUUUUGCUUAAUCAUAGAAACUAAAAAUAAAUAAAAUAUGA